GCUAUAUAAAGAUACUUCCUGUAAAGGCACAAUAAAGUGUUGUUCACAGGUCUUUUCUUCCGUUUAUUUUUCGAAAAAAAGGCUUCGUUACAGCAUUAGCAACGGAUGACAAUGUCUCCAGCAGUAAAUGUAUAGUUUAUAGGAGCUUAUUAUCCGUUAUGUUUUUAGAUAAUAAUGAAUUAUCUAGCUAGCAACGUUAGCUAACGGUAGUAUACCAGUUCUGGAUAGCCGGGAUUAUUACUCAUCCUAGUUAAAACGCUUAGCUAUAUUAUAACAGUCUAGAAUAUUGGAACCUUAAUUUAAAAAGAUGUCAGUGGAACUUGAUGUGUUUGUGGGUAACACCACCAUUAUGGAUGAGGAAGUCUAUCAGUUCUGGCUGGAUGGCUACACAGUGAAUGAUGCAGUGAAGGUUCGUAUGGAGGGAGGGGUAUUGGAGGAGUGUGAGGCCAGUGCUGAGGUUUUGCGCAGUGACACCAUGGACCAGUACAGAACCUUCCAGAUGUGUGAGCGCCUCCUGCACAGCCCCGCCAAACUGGCCAAUCAGCUGCUGUUCCAGAUCCCACCUCAUCGCCAGGCCAUGCUCAUAGAGAGGUACUAUACGUUCGAUGGCGUGUUUGUACGUGAGGUCCUUGGGAAGAAACUCUCGAAAGGGACCAAGAAGGACCUGGAUGAUGUUAGUGCAAAGACUGGUGUCACACUGAAGAGCUGCAGGCGGCAGUUUGAUAACUUCAAGCGUGUAUUCAAAGUUGUGGAGGAACUGAAGGGACCCCUGGUGGAAAACAUUCGUCAGCACUUCCUUCUCUCUGACAAGCUGGCCAGGGAUUACGCUGCCAUUGUUUUCUUUGCUAACAAUCGCUUUGAGACGGGGAAGAAGAAGCUGCAUUAUCUUACAUUCCAGGACUUUGCCUUCUGUGCAGGGCAGCUCAUCAGCAACUGGACCGUGGGAGCAUUGGAUAACAUGGUGGAAGACAUGGACGUGGAUCUUGAGAAGGAGUUCUUACAAGAUCUAAAGGAACUGAAGAUUUUAAUCACUGACAAGGAUCUGCUGGACCAGCACAAGAGUUUGGUGUGCACGGCUCUCCGGGGGAAGACCAAAGCAUUUAAUGAGAUGGAAGCCAACUUCAAGAAUCUCUCCAGAGGCCUUGUCAACAUUGCUGCCAAAUUAACCAACACGAAAGACGUCAGAGACUUCUUUAUUGAUCUGGUGGAAAAGUUUAUUGAGCCGUGUCGGUCAGACAAAUGGACAGCAGGAGACAUGAGGCUCUACCUCACUCACUACACUAACUCUGCACACAUACUUGACACAUUCAAACACCAGGUAGUGUGGGACAGGUACAUGGGAGUGAUCAAAAGCUGCAUCCUCAAAAUGUACCAUGACUGAGAUGUUGCCUCGCUCAACUUCCUGUCCUCUUUAUAUCCGAGUCAUGUUGUCUUUUUUUUCUCCUCUGCAGUCGUCAUAUAAAUCCUCCGCUCCCUCUGUCAGAUGUUUUCCUCCAAUCCUAGUGCCCACAUUUCUCCUUUCUUCAUGUCUUUCUGCUGUUUUGUUUACUUCCUUCCUCCCUCUUUUCUCUCUCACUUCUCGGUCUGUUCUGACACCCUACUCUGCAAUGUCAUCUUGCAAAUCAUAUAAUUUGUGUUGUGUACUGAACAACAAUAGAAAUGCAACAUGUAAAGUGUUUGUCUCAAAUUUUGUGCACAAAUUUGUUUACAUCCCUGUUAGUGAGCUUUUCUCCUUUGCCAGAUAAUUCAUCCACCUGAC